AUGGCGUACGCCCUUCAGCCGUCGUCGUAUGACGUAGAGGAACCGUCGUCGUUGAAUGUCAUCCCAAAGGUACGAAAAUCGCCGAAUCGGGCGGCGUACGCCCCGCACGACGCUUCCUACCGCCCGCAGCUCACCCUGGAUCAGGUCGUUGGAGCGGAAGCGACGCCCCAACCAGCGCCCUUGCGGAGGGCGACGCAGCAGCCACCGCACAACAACACCGUUUCCCAAGUCACGGUUGGGUGCAGCGGAAUAAACAUGGGCGCUGGGGUGCUUGAUCAGCAACGGCAUUCACAGCCCUUACUCCGUAUUGGGGUUACUCCGGAAGACACCGAAAAAAUGCGGGAUAGAAUGUUUGCUUCUAAUAGCAACUCUCAGUACGCCCAACCCGAUGCGAGGCACUGCCUCGUUCAUCCCCCAGCAAGCGUUUCAGGCACCAAAAUCUGGACAAAUAGACCAUAUCUUAGUGUGACGCUGGCACCGCAACUUGGCGACGCAUCGGAGCGAAACUCCAGCGGGAGUUCGCUUGACAGAGCUGGCCCCAUUUCAGACCAUGGAGUCGUCCGAGAAAGCAGCGGAAUUCAAACGCCACAACAGCAGUCAGACUUGACGACACCGCCGGUGCCACAAUAUGUACGGCAAUCGCCUGUUGAAAAUACGCACCCCAAAUAUGCGAAGUGCCCCCCACGGGCACUGGCUCCAAACGUGAAUUCUUUCUACGGUGCAGAGCAAACAGGACAGGUACCGAAUGGAGUAGUAGGAGGGGGAGGGGGAGGCUGGUGCUGCAGGGCUCCAGAACCUCAAGUGUACGGUGGCAAUUUUCCUGGCCCAGGAUAUAAUUCCCCAUCACCGCAUCCAUCGUAUCAGCAGCCGUAUCAGAAUCGUUACCCGCAACAACAACAACUACAACGACAACCACAACGGCAGCAGCAGCAACUACCUCCUUCUUCCUACUGUAAUCCUCAACAAGACCCUCAAGGUUGGCGCAUGGGGAAUGACCCCCGGUAUGGCCACAACGAACCCAACGGCUUUGUUCUGCCGCCCAACGUUCCUAACUAUCCUGGGGGCGGUGGUAGCAACAUGCCGAUGAUGCAGCCGUAUAACAACAACUCGCAAUUCCCUACACCACCGCCAUCUAUGCAGCAAUGGUCCAAUGGACCGGUUCAAACUCUGAUGAGCGGUAUGGCACCGAUGGAGUCCGGGUCGCAGCGAACACCCUCGUCUUAUUCGAUGAGCACCAAUGAUGCUCUUGCGCGUUGUCCACCGCCAGUACACGUAGCCAGAGUUGGUGUUACUUCAAACUUAUCACAAACUUCAGGCGCAAAAUAUGGCGGGAUGUCAGCCAAUUGGCGAGCAAAUUCACGAUACUCCAAUACUUCACAGCAGCAGUCACAACAGCACCCGGUGCCAUCAGAUUACCGGUUUGAUAUGGGCAGCGGUUCUCCAGGGCCUUACCCGCAUCCAGCGUCACUAGGGCUUCGCCUAGACCAACCGGACAAUUUAGGUAAUGAUCACUUCUACAGUCAACCUCCAAUGAAUCAUGAAUUUGCCUCACAUUCUACGGCACAAAAUGCGACAAAUUAUCCACAGCAGCCCGGAUGA